CACACGGACGACAUGUUUGCAGUGCUUAAGCAUGCGUUUUCUCCUCUCGCAAGAAAUACUCUUGCAAAGAUGCACUACAGUUCAGGAGUCAGCAUCAGGCUUCUGCCCAGUUAUAAGUGCUCUUUUGAAGACCCAGUGCAUGUGACGGUGAGCGGCUUAAAUCCACAUCAACGCGUGGAUCUGCGCUCCAAAAUCACGGAUGAAAAUGGACUUGAUUUCAAGGCUUCAGCGACCUAUCAGGCAGAUGACAGUGGCCAAAUUGACCUCAAGCGCGACUCUUCUCUUGGUGGGAGCUUUACUGGAGUUGAACCGAUGGGUUUAUACUGGGCCCUGAAAGCAGACACAAUAAGCUGCAAGUUUACACUGUCAGAUGUGACGCGUCCAGCUCUUGUUGACAUUGAGGUUGUCAGUGAUGAUAAAGUCCUGGCCAAAGUGACCAACGAGAGACACUGCCUGACCGAUGGUGUCCGGAGAAGUCCUGUUACAGAAGGAAGGGUCAGAGGAACUCUUUUUAUGCCCCCUGGUAAAGGACCAUUUCCUGGGAUUUUGGAUACAAAUGUGUUUAGAGGAGCUCCUUUUGAGUUGAGAGCAGCUCUGCUGGCAAAGAGAGGCUUUGCUGUUUUAGCCUUGGCUUUUCAAGGUUACCAAGAUUUACCCAAAAGAGCUGACCGAUUUCACCUGGAGUAUUUUGAAGAAGGUAUAGAUUUUCUACGGCAACAGCCAGAGGUGAAAGGUCAAAAAAUUGGCUUGGUGUCCAUAUCUAAGAGUGGAGAUCUCGCUUUGUCCAUGGCAACAUUCCUCCCUGAUAUAGCGGCUACUAUUUGGGUCAACGGAUGCAAUGCUAAUACUUUAGUUCCAGUCUACUACAAGGAUAUUUGUGUUCCACCUCUUCUGUUUGAUGUUAGUAGAACAAAAAUCACACCAUUAGGCCUUGUGGAUAUUGGAGAGGUUAUGGAUGACCCAUUGUCCAAAGAAGGCCUUCCUAGUGUUAUUCCCAUUGAGCGUGCCCCUGGUAGCUUCAUGUUUGUUGUGUCAGAAGCUGACAGGAAUUGGCGAAGUGCCUAUUAUGCUAAAUUAGCAUGUGACAGACUCAAAGCUCAUGGAAAAAAUAACUUUGAGCUGGUCAAGUAUGAAAAAGCAGGUCACUUUAUUGAGGUGCCCUAUAUGCCCUUUUGCCUUGCAAAUUUUCAUGGUGUUGCUGGUCAGCCAGUUUAUUUUGGCGGGGAGCCUAAAGCACAUGCUGAGGCACAGUUAGAUGCCUGGCCGAAGAUGAUCAAUUUCUUCAAAAAACAUUUAGCAGCUACCGAUCACAACCCCAGAUCUAUGCUGUAGGAAAAGUACAUACAGUCAUAGCAUCCCUUUAUCAUGCUGACUUGAUGUACUUGCAUUUAUAAUGUAGUUUUAAAGUAUUAAAUUUAAAAUAAUCAAACUACUGAUGAUUUGCUUCUAAAUCUAGUGUUGUUUAUUUAUAAUUCAUACAAUGUAUGGAGAACUUGUUAGUUAAAUUAAACUUGUAUGAAUAUUCAUACAUUAUUUAAAACCAAGCCUGCAUUUGGUUGAUUAAACCACUGGUGGCAAACUCAGUUCCUGAGGGCCGCAGCUCUGCACAGUUUAGCUUUAGCCCUCAUUAAACACACCUGAUCAAACUAUUAGAGUACUUCAGGCUUGUUUGAAACCUAGAGGUAAAUGUGUUGGUGGAGGGUUGGAACUAAACACACCCCUGGAUUAAAUGGUUAAACAUUCAUAUUGUGAAACACAUUGAAGAUCAAUGUAUAAUCGCUUGUUUAUCAAUAAAUCUCUAUAGAUGA